AAACCUCGUUAUGUUUUCUCGCGAUGACAGCAGCAGCGGUGGCGGCGACCUUCUCGCCUCGCUCCUUGUGGCGGGACGGCGGAAAGCCCUGAGGGGAGAGGCCUGCCUCCCUCCCUCCCUCUCUCCCCUCCCAGAGGAGGCUCUUUGGUCCACCUCGGGAGCCUCAGGUUGGGCGUGAAGCUGAGGCGUCUCUCCGCCAAGGGAAGCGAGUGGCCAAGCAGCAGCAGAUACAUCAAAUGAAGAGGCUUAACAAGAUCGGGCUAGAAAGAUCUGCAGAUGUGUUUUACUAAUGGGUGUGAGCAAGCUAGAUGUGUUAUACAGACGCCUUCUCCUUACUAAGCUCUUCAUUCAAGGAUGGGGAAGACCAGAAGAUCUGAAAAGAAUAUUUGAGUUCAGAAAGCUUAUUGGAAACAGAGAAAAAUGUCAGAAUUUGGUUUCAAGAGACUAUCCAGUGCAUAUUAACAAGGUUGAAGAGCAAUCAGACUGUAAGAUCCUUGAUGGACACUUCAUUUCCCCCUUGGCUCAUUAUGUUCCAGAUAUCAUACCAUCAGAAUCGGUUACAGCAAGGUUUCAGUUUAUAGUACCAAAGAGAUGGAACAGCAAAUAUAGACCUGUGUGUAUUCAUUUAGCUGGCACUGGAGACCAUCACUUCUGGAGAAGACGUACUCUAAUGGCCCGUCCAAUGAUCAAAGAAGCAUGUAUGGCUUCACUGUUGUUAGAAAAUCCAUAUUAUGGCUGCAGAAAACCUAAAGACCAAAUAAGAUCAUGUCUAAAAAACGUCUCUGACCUGUUUGUGAUGGGAGGAGCUCUUGUGCUAGAAUCAGCAGCUCUUUUACACUGGUUGGAGAGAGAAGGCUAUGGACCCCUUGGGAUGACUGGAAUAUCUAUGGGAGGACACAUGGCAUCAUUAGCCGUGUCAAACUGGCCGAAGCCAUUACCACUAGUUCCUUGUCUGUCCUGGUCUACAGCCUCUGGUGUUUUUACCACGGGUGUGCUGAGCAAGGCUGUGAACUGGAGAGAACUAGAGAAGCAGUAUUAUACGCAGAGUGUUUAUGAAGAAGAAAUAAUUCAAAUGCUUGAAUACUGUGGAGCAGAUUCAUUCAAGAUGGGACAAGACUUUGUUAAAAACUCCCCCAGCAGUGUGGACAGUUUGAGCCAUCUGGAUCUGAAUUCCAGUGUGCUGAACCUCGAUAUCAGAAGCGAAGUUCUGUCUUCAGAAGGCUGUUGCUCCCUUAGCUCUAACAGGAACACUCUAAGUGCCUCUGCAGAAGGACUGUUAGUGCAAGCGGCACCCAAAAUGCAGUGCAUAAACCAAACCUUUUCAACCAGCAGCAGUAGCAAUAAGAACUUUUCCAAUGCGGAGAAGAAUCUUAUAAGUGGAAAAAGAGAUCGCUUGCAAAGAGAAUCUUUAAUGUUCAUGAAAGGAGUGAUGGAUGAAUGUACCCACGUAGCUAAUUUUUCAGUUCCAGUUGACCCAACACUGAUCAUAGUUGUACAAGCCAAGGAGGAUGCUUAUAUUCCAAGAACGGGAGUGCGUAGCCUGCAAGAAAUAUGGCCAGGAUGUGAAGUCAGAUAUUUGGAUGGAGGUCAUGUUAGUGCCUAUCUCUUCAAACAAGGAUUAUUCAGGCAAGCAAUAUAUGAUGCAUUUGACCGUUUUCUAAGGAAAUAUGCUGUGUAGUCCUGUCUUGAUAAACUGUUGAGUGUCUUUUAUACACGGAUUUCCAUGGUAACAUCAUACUGAGAAUAAGCCUGCUAUAAAUUCAGUUCAAAGUCACCAGCUUGAUGGAUUAUUCAACAGUGAUUAACACAUUAAAACGUAAUCCCUAAAGGUUAACUUUGAAUUUGCAUUAGUCAUAGUUACGGCGAUUUUAGCACAAUUUGUUAAUGCUGAGAAUGUCUGAAAGUUUGUAAGAUAUUUAUUACUUUUGAAAAGUUAUUUUAUUUGGAAUGUCCACACAUCCCUUGAAGAAGGACCAAUAUAAUAUUGAAGAUUGCUUAAACUUCUUGUCCCAACACAUCAUUAGAAGUUCAAAGAAGUAGUAUUAACAAUAUGCAGCGUAGCUUCUGGCAGUAUACAAACUAGAUUAAUGUUAACUGGCUUAUUUAAAGCUUUAUUCCUAAAACAAUCUAUGUCAUCUCAGAAAGUAAUGAGUGAUUUGAUGCAAUCUCUUGUGUAAACUGGUUGAGCCACACAUGUUCCAUCAUUGGUUAUUAAAAGAAAAGGACUUCUCAGUAUCCAACUUUAAUAAUUUAAAGCAGAAAUAUAAUAAUUCAUUUUUAAAUAAUAUUGAGGUAGGAUAGAGGAAAGACAAUGGGCAUAUCUGUCCCAGAGAAUUUAUAAAACCUUUUUAUUUAAUUAGCUGAACUGCCCCACUGGAAAUAAAAAUAAAUAUGGAGCCUUCCAGACAUAUUGCAUGUGUUAAUGUUUUGAUAAAUGUUUCCUUUCUAAACACAUACACAAAGCUGUUUCACCUGGUGAACUGGAAUUUUUUUUAUACUACCACACAUAUAGUGUUAAUUUGAUAGAUGUAUAUCUGGCAUCCUCAAACUGUGGCCCUCCAGCUGUUGGGGCUUCUGGGAGUUGGAGGCCCAAAUGAGCUUGUUCAAUUGUCAGGAAUUCUGGGAUUUGAAGGCCCAAACAGCUGGGGAGCUGCGGUUUGAGGAUGCCUUAUAGAUUCAAUGAUAAAAAGUUACUCUUCAUGAUAAUAAUGUCAAUCCUACUUAAAAAUUUGGAGAAUUACAAAUUAAAUUUAUAUUGGGUUGCUGUGAGUUUUCCGGGCUGUAUGGCCAUGUUCCAGGAGCAUUCUCUCCUGACGUUUCACCCACAUCUAUGGCAGGCAUUCUCAGAGGUUGUGAGGUUUGUGGGAACAAGGCAAGUGGGGUUUAUAUAUCUGUAGCAUGUCCAGGGUGGGAGAAAGAACUCUUGUCUGUUUGAGGCUAGUAAUUGAUCACCUUGAUUAGCAUUGAAAAGCCUUGCAACUUCAAGGCUUGGCUGCUUCCUGCCUGGGGGAAUCCUUUGUUGGGAGGUGAUUAGCUGGUCCUGAUUGUUUCUUGUCUGGAAUUCUCGUUUUUGAGUGUUGUUCUUUCUUUAUUGUUCUGAUUUUAGAAUUUUUUAAAUACUUGUAGCCAUUUUUUAAAAAAAAUUUCAUGGUUUCCUCCUUUUUGUUGAAAUUGUCCACAUGCUUGUGGAUUUCAGUGGCUUCUCUGUGUAGUCUAACAUGGUAGAUGUUGGAAUGGAAGAAAAACUAGGGGAAUUCCAGACAAGAAACAAUCAGGGCCAGCUAAUCACCUCCCAACAAAGGAUUCCCCCAGGCAGGAAGCAUCUAAGUCUUGAAGCUGCAAGGCGUUUCAAUGAUAAUCAAGAUGAUCAAUUGCAGCAUUCAUACUUGCCUCCAACAGACAAGAAUUCGUUUAGUGGCACUAUAUAAAGAAGAAACCUAUUCCUACAAAGUGGUAAAGAAUAUUGGAUAAUGGCAUUGUCUUCUGGCAGAAGACAGAUCAUUAAUCCAUUUCCAUGUUUUUCUUUCAGUGUGAUUACCUUUCACACUCUCGUCUGUUUGGUUUUGCUUUCACUGCAUUUUCCUGUCGAUUCUCCCAUUUUCAUAGAAUAUUAAUUCUAGUAGGGGUUGAACAGUCUGCUUAGUUUGAUCAUAGGUCCCCUGCAACCUAAUAAUUCUUUAGUCAUCCUCAAAAUUAUCUCUGCUUUUUGACUGAUAACAUAUAUUGCCCUAAUUCAAGUUUGCCUUGGGCAAGCAGAAGUGCCUUUCUGCUGUGUAAGACACCUUCAGAUCCACGCUGUUUUGUAUAUUGCACAAAAUUCAAAGUUUAUAUAUAGAAGGUUGAACGCAAUUUUGUCAAAAUCUUUUAAAAGGGAGAGAAGUCAUUGAAGCAUGUCUUAAUGUACCAAAAAGGCAAGCAGCAUUCAUUUUUAUAUGUUAAUGAGUACUAGGUACUGUCAUUUCCAAGUAGAUGCCAAACUUCUUUUAUAAACUGAACGAUUUAUUUUAUAAUAAGAGGAAGUGUAUAUGGGUUAUCUAUAAAUUGGCCAAAAGUUUAUUUGACAGUAUUGUGCCCAUUGCAUCAAUGCUGUAAUUGACUCAUUUGCCUCGAAGUUUUGAGUAGAUAGUAUGAGACUGUCUGUUAUCAAGGAAUAUUCUUGAAAGAACCAAAACCGAAAGUAUAGACCUCUCAAAGACCAAAUAGAAGUGUUCACAUUUGAGAAGCUGUAUGAAAUGGAAUUCCAGGUUUUAAUUACACUAUUGUUCAUACAUCAUGAAGAAAUACAACAUUGUUUCUUGAUGGACUGUAUGUUACAGUACAAGAAACAUUAUCGAAUUGUUAAAUUAUAAAGUCCACUGAAAUUAUUUCUCUUAUCAGUUUUGUGUAUCCAUACCUACAGCCACAUGAAUGUACUUGCUAUUUCCUUUGGACAUGUUUUGAUUUUUAGACUUCUGGAACACUGAUGUAAAAAUUUUGAGGAACAUUUUGAUGAAAGGUAUCUGCCAAAAUUGAUAAGCACAUAAUGCCUUUUCUUGAUGGCACAACAGCAUGUUCUUAAAGUGGAAGAGUAAUAUCUCUGUGGUGGGCAUCCUGUUGGUCAAUGCCAAAUAGAGUAAAACCAUUCAGUCAGUUGCUAAAAUAGUGAGUCAACAUGUAGGUAAAUCCAAUUAUAAUUAAAAAGGUGUAUUCUAACCAAGAAUAACAAGAGGAUUUAGGCCUACAUCUGAUACAAAAUUUCUUUGCAGGUACAACUACACUAGUCAACUGGAGACAGGGCAUGAAUGCUUUCGCAAGCCAACUCAUAAUAUCCGCACCAGAGAUUAAAAUUGUAAAGCAGAAGUAUGUUUUGACUGAAUGCCUUCACAAACUUUCCUGCAUUCUGAAACACUGAAUAUGGUUUUGGGGAGCAUCAAAAACCCUGUCUAAACAUACCUUCAUUAUAUGAAGAUAAUUAAGAUAUGUAUUGUGAUAGUCAUGGGUAUGUACUUCCACUUCAAUAAAAUGUUUACAACGUAAUUCCUCUUAGCUUAAAAGGUAUUCUCUGUGUUACUACUAUUCCCCCUUCACGGAUUGGUAGAUAGUCAAGGAGAGGCUAACAAAGAAUGUGUCGCCUUAUGAGUCUAUGUUUGAAAGUCAUCUGCUUUCAAUAAUUUCUUUCUUACUAGAGGUGGACUAAUGUGAAAUGAAAACGAAUUUCCAAAUUAUGUAUGCUUUUUAUUUGAUUGUAUUUUAUAUUUUCCAAUAAAAAGCUUGCAAUGUUUAA